AACCAUAAAGUAUAAUGAGAUUCUAGUGUAAGAGCAUGAUCCAAGUAUAUAAGUUCUCCAUACAAACUAAACUAUACAUUGAUGUAAGAGUAGUAAAAAGAUGAUGACAGAGAAAAGGAGAAUUUUGAUGGCAAUACAUGUAUAGAAUUGAUUCCCCUUGUGUAAUUAUUAAAGGUUUGGUGAAAUGGAGAAAGGAGGAAAGAAAAUCUGAAAUCGGUUUUCAUCCCCCACAGUAUAUUAUUUACGCUUUGUAGCAUCUCCUGGGUGGAGAAGAAACCAAUGCUAAAAAAGGGAGGGAGAAAGCCAUGCUAAACUGCAUAAGGUGUUGCAUCUCUUGCAUCCUCCCAUGUGGGGCUCUCGACGUCAUUCGCAUAGUGCACUCCAAUGGCCGAGUUGAGGAAAUCACAGGCACCGUCAAGGCCAGGGAUGUCAUGAAGGCACACCCCAAACACGUCCUGAAGAAGCCCUGCUCCGCCGCCGCAGACGCCGACGCUGCCAACGCCACCGCUGUCCACAAGAUCGUGGUGGUGCCACCCGAUGCAGACCUCCAACGUGGCAAGAUUUACUUCCUCAUGCCGCUCCCUCCCUCUCCUCCUCCACCGGAGAAGAACCAGCAGAGAAGGAGGAAGAAGAAGGAACAGAGAGAGAGAAGUAGGAACAACGCCAACGUCUCCGUGACGAUGACUAGUUUGCUUGUCUCUGAUCGCUACUUGACUGAUAUACUCUCAGAGAAAGCGUCAACGCAGAGAGACAGAAGAAGAGGGCGUGUUGCAGUGUGGAGACCUCACUUGGAGAGCAUUUCUGAGUCACCUUCUGAUCUGUAACACCUCUUCUUCUUUAUGUUUGUCAUGUCUAUAUAGUUAUAAUUCUCGUAUUACAGGCUUCCAACCCAAUUUCUUUAAAAAAAUAUAUAAUUUUCUUCUUCUUCUUCUUCCUCUUUUUUUGUGUUUUACUUUGCUUCUGCAAAGGCUGCUGUGUACAUAGGUUGUCCAUAUUAAUAUGGGGAUUGUUAAUGAGUUCGAGAAUUGAAGUUAUGUUAGACCAUAAUUGGGUAUGUUUUGUACAAGCUUUUAAAAAACCAUGAUUUGGGUCACACAACAUAAAGGUUUUCGAGAUUUCCGAUACAAAUUGUUCUACACCUAUGUGGGCCGUAUUCAUCUGUAGUUUUCUGGCAAUAUUUGAGGAUACCAUGUAAUCUCAGUUUUUAUAGUAUAAUUUUGAGUUUUUCAUGGUUGUGCUUCAGUUGGUGGGGGCAUGGAAUUGAUCAAACAGAGGUAUAAUUUUGUAAUUUUCUGGAAAGAGGUGAAGCAAACGUAGAACUUUAUACGGGUUUAAAUUGUUGAAGCUUGGAAUUUAGAAUACAGUGCGGGGAACAAAGAUAAACUAUGAUUGAGAUACAGAAUGAACGAUGCCACAUUCCUACUUCUACUGUGUGACAGUGUCAUGUGUAAUUCUGUAGUGGAUGACAAUGGAAGGUGAUUGCGACUUGAUAGAUAUUAUGCUUUUGGUAGUAGCAGUGGAGUAUUUUAUUUACCACUAUUCCUAUGGUUUCACUGGGGAAAAUGACACAGUAGUUCGUCGGUGUCACUCAUCCUUUAAGGGAAGACAGUGACAUGAUGCUGCAAAUGCAAUCACUUUCUAUACAUUUUUAAGUUGUUAUCAUGGCAGAAUUAAAUUCACGUUGACAGCUUUUUCUCCUCUCUUUUUUUUUCUGAAGUGGGAAAAAAGAGAAAGAAAUUCUUUUGGACCCUCAAAUGGGGGAGGACAGAUUCAUUCAUCAUCAUCAGUGUCUAUGCAGUGCAAAGCCAUGUUGUACUUCACCCCACUACAAGUGAGGGUGGAAAAAGAAGUAAAAGGAAAAGUGUGGUUGGAUCAAGAAAAGUCGAAAGGGAUAAAUUUGUGGUAAAAACAAUUGAAAGUCCCCACUCUGGUUUCCCAUUAUAUUCUAAUAAUGCAUUGUUAUGCUAAGUUUGCAUAAAGGAGAGGAUAUGGCUUUAGUUUAAGCAUUUUGUUCUUUUGGGUAUGAUUAAAAACUGAUUAGGUUAGUGGCAGAGGCAUCCUGCAAAAGUGAUUAGCACAGUAGAGUUUGACUUCUAGGAUUUGCUGCAUGAAAUGAGCCUUGAGCUAAGCCUAUUCGAGUUUGUUUCUGGUUCUGAUUCUGAAUUUUGAUUCUUAUUUUAUUAUGCAGUAAGUUUAUUUUUUUUGGA